GCCGUGGCUUUUGUUCUGCAGAUCCACCCAUCCUUCUAGCAGUCAAGUACCAGGCUAUGGUUUUCUCUCUGGGGAUCUUUCUUCCGCGUUUUGCCGGUGUCUCCGAUGAGGUUUUGGCCUCGGCUGGGAUUUCACUACCUUACUUUUCGUUUGGCUUCACGCUGAAAAAAGGGAUUCCUUAUAUUUGCUCUCCACGCUUUUGGUUAUAAUUCACUGUUGGUCUAGGGGGAACAACCGUUCAGCCUGGCUGAAAAAAAAGCAUCCGUUGAAAAGUCUCAAAGAAAUAUACCACGUGAGGAAAAAAAACUGGGAGAAGAUCGGAAUAUAAUCGCUUUUUCUAUGAUAAAACUGGUGCCCCUCUUCAGGAGAACUGAUCUCAAUUUAUUAUUAUGCAACCACAAGGAUCUCUUCUUUCUCAGGGUGUAUAAGCUGCUGGAUUGCUUUUCGCCCAAAUCAAUGUGGUUUCUUUGGAACAUUUUCAGCAAAGGAUCGCAUAUGCUGCAGUGUCUUUGUGGCAAGAGUCUUAAGAAAAACAAGAACCCAACUGAUCCCCAGCUCAAGGGUAUAGUGACCAGGUUAUAUUGCAGGCAAGGCUACUACUUGCAAAUGCACCCCGAUGGAAGUCUCGAUGGAACCAAGGAUGACAGCAGUAAUUCUACUUUAUUCAACCUUAUACCAGUGGGACUUCGAGUUGUCGCUAUCCAGGGUGUAAAGACUGGGUUGUAUAUAGCCCUAAAUGGAGAAGGUUUCCUCUACACAUCAGAACUUUUUACACCAGAGUGCAAAUUCAAGGAGUCUGUUUUUGAAAAUUAUUAUGUAAUCUACUCAUCCAUGCUCUACAGACAACAGGAGUCCGGAAGGGCCUGGUUCUUGGGGCUGAACAAAGAAGGGCAGGUCAUGAAAGGAAACAGAGUGAAGAAAACAAAACCAGCAGCUCAUUUUCUACCCAAGCCAUUGGAAGUUGCCAUGUAUCGAGAACCAUCCUUGCAUGAUAUUGGAGAAACAGUGCCAAAGGCUGGGGUAACUCCAAGUAAAAGCACAAGUGCAUCUGCAAUAAUGAAUGGAGGCAAACCAGUGAACAAGAGCAAGACGACAUAGCCAGAUCCUCACAGGUGUUGUGACUUUACUGAGUCCCAAGUACAGUUGAGCGAUUUAUCCUUGCCAGACUUCCCCUUGGCCGUGUCUGUGGAUCAGCUUGUGGCAGGUCACCAGCUUGCCCGUUCCUGUUUCUGAACUGAGUUGUUGCAAGUGGAUAAAUCUCAACAUGUAGCUCCACCACAACGAGAAGACACCUGGAUGAACCAGCUAAACUCAGACCAUGGAAUGCCCUACCAGAUAUUGGAAUGCCUUUUUAAUAUCUUUUCUGUGACUGUGACACUUCAUGUGAAUGACAUACUUCACAAGUACACUUGAUACCUUGCCUGCUGACAAUUGCCCAUAAUCCCUUUUUGAGUCCAGUUUCAGCAAAAUCCAUGUGUUUAAGUUCUAUUUUGUAGCACACAAAUAAUCAAGUAAUUUCUAGUUAGAUGCUGUAAACCUGUGCUAUUAUGGAUUUCUCUUCUUCCCUUUUUUAUAAGGCUGCUCGCUCCACUGUUUGUGACCUUUUGCAGGGAUUGUGUUUCUCUAUAACUUAAGUGUUGCCGGUGGCUUAGUUUUGAAAGCAAUCAGGGAAUCAGGAAGCCUUCAAAAAUCUAUUAUUAAAAAUUAUAUCUAUAAAGAAUAGGA